AUGAGACAUCUCAUGGGAAAAAGUUUAAGAUUCUGUCUUUCAUUUCAUGAUGAGGUUCGCUAUCUUGUAAAAGAUGAAAGUAAAUAUGAAGCAGCACUUGCCAUGCAUAUUACAAACCUCCUUACAAGAGCAUUUUGCAUACAAAGAUUGGGACUCAAUGAUCUUCCGCAAUCAGUGGCUUUUUUCUCAUCUGUCGAAGUCGACAAAGUUCUCCGCAAGGAAGCUACAGCUGAUUGUGUGACUCCUUCCAAUCCUCGAGGAUUGCAAGCAGCCUACGGAAUUCCUCCUGGCGAAUCAUUGGAUAUAAUAUCUGCACUUAAAAAGGCUGAAGAAGAGAAAUUGAAAAAGUCUAAAAAUGCAUCUACUACAAUUGAGAAUAAUAUUACCAAAAAAGCGUUAAACAAAAAUAGAAGAAUUAUUGUAAUAAAUAAACAAAAGAUAUAA